AUGGCCGAUUUGGGACUGCGGCUAGUUCUGGUGUUGCUGCUGAUGCAGCUGACAAGACUAAAUGGGAGAAUCUAUCCGGAUCGCAUUAGCACGGACACCAAGAAGGAGACACGUCAAUGGGGCGGCAUGAUGGCCAAUACAGGCACCAACCUGGGCGGCUGGCUUUUGCGCAUCACGAGCGGUUUUGGAAAUUUUGCUUGCGGCGCUGCCUACUACUCCCCUCUGAUAAUGCUGACCUCAGCCAAUUGCAUACAGCCAAUUCGAUAUAGCUUAGAAGCUGCCAUUGUCGACGUCACUGCCAUGUGCGAGCGAGAGGACACCUACGCGGUCAUUGACACUUUCUAUUCGCCACCCACCUUUCGAGUUAGACAGACCGAAAUGGACAUCGCUGUGGUAACGCUGCAGGAGCCCUUGGGAGGCAGACUCACGGAAAUCAUCAAGUUGUGCUCUACACCCAUUAAAGAAGGCAUGUCUGUGGAUGCCGUUGGUUGGGGUUUCCUUGGCUUGAACUAUUGGCCCCGUCUCCAAUUCGCAAAUACGAGCUCUGUGGUGGUUGGGAAUUUGGAUAGUUGCCGGGAACAAUAUAAGGACAUUCGCAAUAUAACUGAUAGUUCGUUCUGUGUUACUCUGCCUGCAGAUAAAAACGACUGCAUCCACGACAAUGGAUGCCCUUUAAUUAAGGAAAACGAACUCUGUGGAAUUGUAUCGUAUGGCGGCAGUUGCCUAAACACCACUUAUCCAGGCAUUUAUACAGAUAUCAAUGCGGUUUCUGAUUACAUAGAACGAAUUGAAAAUGAUGUCGUAGCGGGUGUAUUGUCACGUCGUAGAAGAAGAAGACGGCGAUCAAUCCACCAAAAAAAAAUGUACCAUCAAAUAUUAAAAUAUGCAAAGCAAAAUACACACAAUCAGUGCAAGUGUGUUGAAAGAUCAGCACACCUUUUGUACAUAAUAUAAUUAACUUAUACCUACA